AUGCUCCGUCAGGUAGUCUUGCUAUUGAUUGCUCUCCACUGGUGCCUGAUUCCUACGCUUGCCGCUCCGGCAUUCAGCGAUCAGCCAGCGGUAUCUGAUACCUUGGUCCGCGAUGGCCGAUUUGACUAUGUUGUGGUCGGGGGUGGUACCGCGGGUAUCGUCGUGGCCACUCGCCUCGCACAAAAGUCCUAUACCGUUGCGUUGAUCGAAGCUGGGGGGUUCUACGAGUACCAGUCACUUAACGCCAUUCCCUUGGCAGAUUUCAUUCCCGUGGGAUCAGAUCCGCAGAACAAGUUCACCAUUGACUGGGGAUUUGUAACCCGAAACCAGCCUGGGGUAAACAAUCGAUCUAUCCACUAUGCCCGAGGAAAAUGCCUCGGUGGAUCGUCGGCGUUAAACUUCAUGAUUUAUCAACGACCCACUCGAGAUAGCAUGAAGCAAUGGGCAGCUGCUGUAGGCGAUAGCAGCUACACCUUCGACCGCGUUUUGCCGUAUUUCAAACGGAGUGUCCACUUUACGCCUCCCAACCAGCUGACCCGAUUUCCCAAUUCGACUCCGUCCUUCGAUCCAGCCGCUUACGAUCCCCAAGGAGGGCCACUGCACGCGUCGUACUCUAACUACGCGAUGACAUUCUCCUCGUGGAUGAGACUCGCAAUGAACAGUAUCGGAAUCCAGGACCGGGAUGAGUUUAACCUUGGGUCUUUGAUGGGGGCACAGUAUUGCACAAGCACUAUCCGACCGCGGGACCAAAAAAGGAGCAGUUCCGAAAGCUCGUUCCUCGAAACGAAGCCUCCUCUGCUGACUACUUAUACGGGUAAACUCGGCGAGUUCACGCUGCAUGCCAACAAGGAGGUCCUCGUGUCCGCGGGCGUCUUCCAAUCACCGCAACUGCUCAUGGUGUCUGGCAUUGGCCCGGCAAAGACCCUCGAUGAUCAUGGAAUCCCUGUUCUGGCUGACCGUCCGGGAGUCGGUCAGAAUAUGUGGGAUCAUCCAUUCUUCGGCCCUUCCUACCGGGUUCGUAUGCCAACGGCAUCAACAGUAGUGACGAAUCUUCCAUAUCUUCUCACGCAAGCGGCCAAUGCUGCUAUCUUCCGACAAGGGCCCUUCACUAACCCUCUCGCAGAUUAUCUAGCAUGGGAAAAGAUCCCCAAUAGCCUGCGGGCAAAUUUCUCCAAGAAAACGAUGGAGGAUCUCGCACGCUUUCCCAGGGACUGGCCAGAAGCGGAGUAUGUAUCUGCAGCAGCAUAUGUCGGUGAUGUUUCCAAACCUGUCUUGCUUCAACCUAGGGAUGGCUAUGACUAUGCAUCCAUAGUAGGUGUCCUGGUCGCUCCAACAUCCCGGGGCAACGUAACGAUCCGGUCGGCAGACACCGCCGACCUUCCGACUAUCAAUCCAAACUGGCUAUCCACUGAAACGGAUGAGGAGGUAGCCAUCGCGACAUUCAAGCGAAUACGGCAGGCCUUUGAGAGCGAUGUCAUGGCACCCGUACUGAUCGGAGAUGAAUACUAUCCAGGUAAUCGCGUACAGUCCAAUACCGAAAUCCUGGAGUAUGUCAAGGAUAAUAUGAUGACCAUCUGGCAUGCCGCUUGCACUUGCAAGAUGGGGACAGCCCAGGAUCCAAUGGCAGUUGUGGACUCUCAGGCAAGGGUGUUUGGGGUUGAUGGCUUGCGUGUUGUUGAUGCGAGUGCAUUUCCGCUGCUUCCUCCGGGACACCCGCAGUCAGUUGUUUACAUGCUGGCCGAAAAGAUUUCCGACGCCAUCUUGUCGGCAAACGGGACAGCUAGAAGGCGUUAG